AUUCGUACAAUAAAUGGAAUUUAGAGAAGAGAUUAAACAGGCUCAGGAGGAAAAUAGAAGAGUUUUAGAAGAGGAAAGGAGGAUUUGAAUUAAAAAUAUGCAGGAUUUGGAGGAGAAGAUGUGUAAUAUUGGAAGAUCAGAUUUUAAGAAAAUUACAGGCUUUACCAAGACAUGCCUGAAAGGGUUCCCUGGGAUCAUUUAUCAAGAGUUUUACACCUUGAGUAUUUCAGGACAUAAGAAUGGAGAUAUGGGAUAUACCCCAUUCAGCUUAUACAAAGCAAAGAUUUUCAAAAAUUUAUGGAUAUUUACUAAAACCUUAAAGAUUGAAGGUUUUAGACUACGAGAGAAUGAUAUAAGAACCAUCUUGGUUGCCUCAAGACAUUUGAGAGAUGUCAAAAUAACACAAUGCCAGAUUCCAAAACAAAAAUUUACUGACAACUUUUUCAACUCAGAGAUACAAGAAGCAACAAGUCUUGAGGAAAUUGGAUUCAAUAACUGCUUCGAGUUGGUAAAUCCAGUAGACAAUGAGCCUCUUUGCUUGGUAACAAACAUAAUGGAAGCUAUCUUGAAUUCCUUCUUGCUUAACUCUUUGUAUGAAGUCAUAUUCUCAUUUUCAAUCUUACCUAAAAAAUCGAACUUGCACAAGGCAUACAAUAGGUACAGAUGAGAUCCCAGAGUGGAAGCAAAAUUAAUUAAAACAAGAAUAUCGUUUUAUUUUCCUGACUAG